AUGAACAUUGUCCUGAAGCCGACUGCAGAUAUUAGCAGUGAGAAACGUGGUAAUGGCGAGCCGUUACGCGAGGACGACUUAAGCGUCAACACAUGGCCAAAUGCCGCGGACGAAGAUCUGGAAAGCGCUAUUGAUGAACUCGAAGAUGGACCAUCGAUAGCUCAGCCUAAGAGCGACGCAGAGAAGGCGUUAAGCGUACACUCUAACGUUCUCGCCCGGACAGUCUCCGGCACGUCACGACGGUCGAGAGCGGACCCAGGCCCACCACCAGACGGUGGCCUAGUUGCAUGGUCUCAGGUGGCACUACUUCACCUGACUAUCUUCAGUACCUUCGGCUACAUCACCGCUUUCGGCAGUUUCCAAACAUACUACCAGGCCAUCCUCGGCGUCUCUACUUCGAAGAUCUCAUGGAUCGGAAGCGUGCAGCUUUUCCUUCUCUUCUUCAUCGGAACGUUCUCCGGUAGAGCGCUCGAUGCGGGUCUCUUUCGACCCGUUUAUACUGCAGGUGCUAUAUUGCAAAUACUGGGCAUCUUCACCACUUCCGUGGCGACGGAGUACUGGCAGCUUCUUCUUGCGCAAGGCUUCUGCAUGGGCAUCGCCAGCGGCCUCCAGUUCUGUCCAUCUAUGGGAUUGUGUGCGACAUACUUCGUUAGGAGGCGAGCGCUCGUCCUCGGUGUCGGCGCGCUGGGCUCAUGUACAGGAGGCGUCCUCUUUCCCAUUCUCGUCCAGCAACUCCUCCCUCGUAUUGGCUUCGGCUGGACCGUCCGCAUCGUCGGUUUUAUCAUGGUCCUCGUCAACGCCAUCACCGUUGCAUUCUACCGCACCAGGCUUCCUCCACGCAAAACCGGACCGAUCGUCGAAUGGGCCGCCUUCCGCGAAGCACCCUACACGCUGUACUGCAUAGCGUCUUUCCUUUUCUUCUGGGGUUUGUACUUCGCCUUCUUUUACGUCGGCUCAUACAGUCGCGACCGGCUCGGCAUGAGUUACCAAGCUUCGGUCAACCUGCUCCUGGCUAUGGUGUGUACAGGAUUCAUCUUUCGCCUUCUACCUAACUUCCUCGCAGACAAGUUAGGCCCGGUCAACCUCAUACUGCCCUUCACCUUCGUCUGCGGCAUCAUGAUGUUUGCCUGGAUUGGCGUGGACAGCCCCGGCACGCUCUACGUUUUUGCGCUGCUGUAUGGACCUGGUGCGGCAGGCAUACAGAGUAUGUAUCCGGCGACAUUGGCCAGCCUGACGUCAGAUAUGAGCAAGGCAGGUGUGAGGAUGGGCAUGAGCUUCACGGUUGUGAGCUUUGCAAGCUUGACAGGACCUCCACUUGCUGGAGCACUGAUACAGUAUCAUGGUGGCAACUACCUGUACGCACAAACAUGGGCAGGCACAUCUUUCCUCGCUGCCGGUAUUGUUCUGAUUGCCGCUAGAGUGGCAAAAGUCGGGUGGAGAGUACGAUGUCGUAUUUGA